UCCGGAGGGGUGGGGUCCCAGCCAUGGGGCUCACCAGACAGUACCUGCGGUACGUGGCCGGCGCCGUCUUCGGCCUGGUCGGCAGCCAGAAGGGCAACGCGGUCUUUGUGACGCUGCGCGGCGAGAAGGGGCGCUACGUGGCCGUCCCGGCCUGUGAGCACGUGUUCAUCUGGGACCCCCGCAAAGGGGAGAAGAUUCUCAUCCUGCAAGGACUCAAGCAAGAGGUCAGCCGUCUGUGCCCGUCCCCAGAUGGGCUGCACCUGGCCGUCGGCUACGAGGACGGGACCGUCCGCAUCUUCAGUCUCCUGAGCGGAGAGAACACGGUCACCUUCAACGGGCACAAGGCGGCGGUCACGGCCCUCAAGUACGACCAUCUCGGGGGCCGCCUGGUGUCCGGCUCUAAGGACACGGACGUCAUCGUGUGGGACGUGAUCAACGAAAGCGGUCUCUUCCGCCUCAAGGGGCACAAGGAUGCGGUGACCGAGGCCUUGUUCCUGCGGGAGAGAGACCUGCUGGUUACCAGUGGGAAGGACACUAUGGUGAAGUGGUGGGACCUGGACACCCAGCAUUGUUUCAAGACCAUGGUGGGGCACCGGACCGAGGUUUGGGGCCUGGCCCUGGUGUCGGACGACCGGCGUCUCAUCACCGGAGCCGCCGACAGCGAGCUGAGGGCGUGGGACAUCACCUGGGCCCAGCCAAGGGAUCCCGCAGAACCGGAGGCCAAGAGAGCCAGAGGGCCGCCCCCCGCCACGCCUGGGGAACCUCAGGAGGAAGAGGAUGAGGCCCCCGAAGAGCGCAUCCUGAGCUGCACCAAAGCCGGAUCCAUCAUGCGGGAGGGCCGAGACCGCGUGGUCGGCCUGGCCGCCGACCGCACCGGCACCGUUCUCGCCUGCCACGGCUCGGACUCUGUGCUGGAGCUGUUCCGGGUCCUUUCCGAGGAGGAGAUCCAGAAGAAGAUCGAUAAGAGAAUGAAACUGGCCAGAAAGAAAGCCAAGUCCGCUCUUGCCGACGGGGACGCCGCGGGCCCGGAGCCCGGCCCGGGGCUGACCCUGCAGGACCAGAUCCGCCGGAUGGUCAACGUCAAGGCCUCAGCCAAGAUCAAGUCCUUCGACUUGAUCCGGGGCCCGCGGGGGGAGGUGAAAGCCGCCCUGCUGCUUCAGAACAACCAGGUGGAGCUGGUGAGCGUGACCCCGGCCCAGCCGGUGCCCCAGGUGGUCAGAGGGGCCCAGAUCUCCACGGGGGGCCACCGGACCGACGUCCGGACUCUGUCCUUCAGCUCCGACAACAUCGCCGUCCUCUCCGCUUCCGCCGAGUCCGUCAAGAUCUGGAACAGGUCGACGCUGCAGUGCAUCCGGACCCUGGCCUGCGAGUACGCCCUCUGCUCGCUCUUCGUGCCCGGUGACCGGCAGGUGAUCGUGGGGACCAAGAAGGGGAAGCUGCAGCUGUACGACCUGGCCUCGGCCAGCCUGCUGGAGACGGUGGAGGCUCACGCGGGCGCCGUGUGGUCCAUCUCCCUUUCCCCAGAUCAGCGGGGCUUCGUAACGGGCGGGGCCGACAAGACGGUCCGCUUCUGGGACUUCCAUCUGGUCAAGGAUGCCGACGGUCCCCAGAAGCGGCUGUCGGUGGGGGAGGCGCGCACCUUGCAGCUGGACGAGGAGGUGCUCUGCGUGCGCUACGGCCCCGACCGGAAGCUGCUGGCCGUGUCCCUGCUGGACUGCACCGUGAAACUCUUCUACGUCGACACGCUCAAGUUCUUCCUCUCGCUGUAUGGCCACAAGCUGCCGGUUCUGUGCAUGGACAUCUCCUCCGAUGGGCAGCUCCUGGCGACUGGCUCCGCCGACAGGAACGUGAAGAUCUGGGGUUUGGACUUCGGGGACUGCCACCGUUCCCUGUUCGCCCACGCUGACAGCGUGAUGUUCUUGCAGUUUGUGCCCAAAACCCACCUGUUCUUCACGGCGGGCAAGGACAACAAGAUCAAGCAAUGGGACGCGGACAAGUUUGAGCACGUGCAGACGCUGGAGGGUCACCACCACGAGGUGUGGUGCUUGGCCGUCAGCCCCAGCGGGGACCACCUGGUGUCCGCCUCCCACGACAAGUCCCUGCGCCUCUGGGAGCGGACGCGGGAGCCGCUCGUCCUGGAGGAGGAGAGGGAGAUGCAAAGAGAAGCAGAGUACGAGGACAGCGUGGCCAAGGAAGACCAGCCCGUGGUGCCCGGGGAGGCCCAGGGCGAGGCCAGCUUGGCUGGGAAGAAGACCAUUCAAACAGUCAAGGCUGCCGAAUGCAUUAUGGAAGCGGUGGAGCUGUUCCGGGAAGAGACGGCCAAAAGGGCUGAGCACGCGGCCGUCUGCAAGGCUGCUGGGAAGGAGGUUCCUCUUCCUCCCAACCCCCUGCUGCAAGCUCUCGGGAACAUCUCGCCCUCGGAUUAUGUCCUGGAGGUGCUGAAAAAAGUCAAGUCCAGCGAGCUGGAGGAGUCUCUGCUGGUCCUGCCCUUCUCCUACGUUCCAGAUCUCCUCCUGCUCUUCAACCAGUUCAUCCAGCUUGGGCAGGACGUGGAGCUCCUGUGCCGCUGCCUUCUCUUCCUCCUCCGGGUCCACUUCGGCCAGAUCACCAGCAACCAGAUGCUGGUGCCGGCCAUCGAGAAGCUGAAGGAAACCACCGUCUCCAAAGUUGGCCACGUGCGGGACAACAUCGGCUUCAACAUCGCCGGGCUGGAGUUUCUCAAGAGGGAGAUCGAGGCCCGGGAGGACGUCACGUUUUUUGCGGACGCCACCGACCGAGUGGCAGAGAGGAGGAGGAAGCGGAAGAAGAGAGAGAAGCUGGUUCUCGCCAUGACCUGAAUCUUCCCGGCUCCUUGGAACUCUUGUUAGUCCCCAUCCCGCCCCCGCCACCCCGCUCCCUGCCCCUGCUGCUGAGCGUCUGGACUGUCCUCACCCUGCUCCGGUCAGCUGGACACGGGCCUCGGACUCCUCCUGCGGGCGGACGGACGGACGGACCUCCUGCCCCUCCUGGUUCUCGCCGCCGGAGAGCGGGGUCUCCGGACCUUUCCGUGUCGUGGUGGACACCGGCCCCUCUCAGUAAAAAAAAUUUGGACUUGG